UUGUGUUUUGUUAAAAUUCAGGAAGGUUCGAUGGAGCUGCAGGCCGAGAACUGCGGCCGGGGAAGGGUGUAGUCUCCCAUCGGGCGGAGGAAGGCUGGAGAGCGGGCUUCGCUUCACUGACAGCCAGCCCACAAGUGUGAAUUUUUCCUCUCUCUCUCUCCUCUUCCUUCUCACAUACAACCAGAGAGAGGGAGAGAUCGCAGCUGUAAGAAAGCAAGCUGAGAACGGGCGGAUAUAUAUAUAAAAAAAUAACAAAUGCUAAAAGGUGGUGUGAGAGAGGGCGGGGAAGGUGUGUGAGUGAGUGAGACAGAGCGAGAAGAGCACUGCCUGGACUGUCAGAAUGAGCCACGGAGAGUUGGGAUGUAGACUAUAUACUAACUAAAGGCGGGGUUAAAGUUCAGGAUGGAGAAGAGAGCUGGCUUCAGUUCGAGACUGAAAUGUGAAAGCCGGCUUUUCCUCUCACCACCACCAGCACCGCCACAAUAAUGUACUCUCCGCUCUGUCUCACCCAGGAUGAAUUCCAUCCCUUCAUUGAAGCACUUCUGCCCCAUGUCCGAGCCUUUGCAUACACAUGGUUCAACUUGCAAGCCCGAAAACGAAAAUACUUCAAGAAGCAUGAGAAGCGCAUGUCAAAGGAGGAAGAGAGAGCGGUGAAGGAUGAACUCCUGAGUGAAAAACAAGAAGUGAAGCAGAAAUGGGCAUCCAGGCUUCUGGCAAAGCUGCGCAAAGACAUCCGACCUGAGUAUCGAGAGGAUUUUGUGCUCUCAGUCACUGGGAAGAAACCUUCUUGCUGUGUGCUUUCAAACCCAGACCAGAAAGGCAAGAUGCGGCGAAUUGACUGUCUGCGUCAAGCAGACAAGGUCUGGAGGCUGGACCUGGUUAUGGUGAUUUUAUUCAAAGGUGUUCCGCUCGAAAGUACUGAUGGUGAACGACUCGUAAAGUCCUCGCAGUGCUCUAACCCUGGGCUGUGCGUACAGCCACAUCAUAUAGGAGUUUCUGUUAAGGAACUCGAUUUAUAUUUGGCGUACUUUGCGCAGGCAGCGGAUUCAGGUCAGUCUGAAAGCCCUAGCCAGGAAAGUGAGGAUAUCAAGGACCAGCCAGAAAAUGGACAUUUGGGCUUCCAAGACAGCUUUGUCACAUCGGGUGUGUUCAGUGUCACUGAGCUUGUCAGAGUGUCACAAACACCAAUAGCUGCCGGAACAGGCCCGAAUUUCUCCCUCUCAGAUUUGGAGGGAUCUUCGUAUUAUAGCAUGAGCCCUGGGGCCAUGAGGAGGUCUUUGCCAAGCACGUCCUCCAGCAGUUCUACAAAGCGCCACAAAUCAAUGGAAGAUGAAAUGGACAGCCCUGGUGAAGAACCUUUUUAUACCAACCAGGGUCGAUCUCCAGGAAGUGGCAGUCAAUCCAGUGGUUGGCAUGAGGUGGAGCCAGAUCCGGAAACAUAUUUCUUUAGUGACCUCUCAAACUCAAAGGUCACACAGCUGAAGUCUACAGAUGUACAUUCAAGAAUGCCAUCGCCUACUACACUAAAGAAGUCAGAGAAGUCUGGUUUCAGCAGUCCCACGCCUUCGCAGACCUCCUCCCCUCGAACGGCAUUUACACAUCAUCAUCGGCCUGUGAUUACAGCACCCAGAGCAAGUCCCCAUGCGACAGCCUCAACUCUACAUUUUCCAACGUCUCCCAUCAUCCAGCAGCCAGGUCCUUAUUUCUCGCACACAGCCAUCCGCUACCAUCCACACCCUAGUCAGGAAACCCUGAAGGAGUUUGUCCAACUGGUCUGCCCUGACACCAGCCAGCAGUCAGGACAGGUGGGGUUCCUAAAUCCCAAUGGAAGCAGCCAGGGCAAAGUCCAUAAUCCAUUCCUUCCCACUCCAAUGUUGCCACCUCCACCUCCUCCACCUAUGGCCAGGCCUGUGCCUUUGCCAGUGCCAGACACAAAACCAACUACCACAUCUACAGAUGGAGGAGCAGCAUCACCUACUUCACCCACCUAUUCGACACCCAGCACCUCCCCUGCAAACCGAUUCGUGAGUGUUGGACCACGGGAUCCCAGCUUUGUAAAUAUCCCUCAACAGCCACAGUCCUGGUACCUGGGAUAAAGGCCAUAGCUUCCCGCCACCCAGCAGACAGACCACCUGACCCCUUCCCAAUUCUGCAACAUGGGAGCAAGACAUCUUCACUUCAAGCUGUGGGGGGAGGGGAGAUCAAUAGAAUUUCAACAGAAGAAAUGACAUGAAACAGCACGCCUAAAGGCUGAAUGAUGAAGACCAUAGCAAUGGAUUUACUUAAUAAGAACUGGUCAUACUCGUCAUUUUUGUUACCGUGCUAUUGAUAUGCAAGGGUCUGUUACUGAGGAACUGAAAUACUUAGGCUCUGUUAGAAAUUUAUGAAGUGUUUUAAUAGUAGAACAUAGUAGACAUAGCAAGGUAGUUUCUCAUACCGGAUAGAAAUAGUCCGUUUCACUUACUGACUGUAUGAUUAUUACACAAUUAUGUAGAGUCUAAUUAUUUCAGGCUAUCUCGAGCAAGCAGGGGACCCUCAACAGGUAAAAUAUUAGUGAAAGAUAAUGAAACACAAGUGUUUUGAAGUUCCAUAGCUAAAUCCUGCAAGAUACAAAAUACUGCAACACCAUGGAAAUAGCUAGGGCAGCUUUCUCUGCAACAUAUCACAAAAUACAGCUCUUCUUUUUUUCCAGAAAAUUAAUUGAACUCAAACCCAGCUAUGUACUGACGUACAUCAGUUAUCAUGGCUCCAAAAGGCAUCCUGAAAGGUAUAUAAAAUUCAAAUAUCUCACAGCAAGAAGAUUAAAAUGCUGCAUUCACACCAAUUUUUUUUGUUUUUUUUCUCUGACAUUUAAUAAGAAAAAUAUUAAAAAUAAGAAAUCCAUGCAAACUGGGGAGGAUGGUCUGCUUUGAUUGAAACUGACAGGAAUCAAUCAAAAAAGGUUUAAUUUUUUUGAUUAAUUGAGUAAAGUGCAAUUUCAUUGGAUAGUUAAAUAACUUUGUAUGAUAGAGAUUGUUGAAAAUUCUAUUUUUGUUUUCCAAGUCCUCCCACCCCAGGACUCUAAACUAUCGGGGUAAAAUCAUAGCCUUGCAAGAAAAAAAGGGGAGCUAUUUUUUGCUUUUUUUAUUUUUUUUAAAAUAAACUUGCAUCCCUCAAGUAAACUGAAGGAAGAUUUAAAAAAAAAUUAAAAAAAAGCUAAUGGUGCUUUUACCAGAUCAUGUAAACUACAUUCAAAAUUAUAGCUAAUCGUUGUUUUAACUAAGCACAUAAUAGAAAAUCGCCACAUUGUACUACAAGUAAAUUUCUUUCCAAGUUCAAAGACACAAUAUGCGGAUUAAGAUCUUGACGAAUUUGUGUUCCACCUUAGAACACUGGAAUUCAGAUCCAUACAUUAUAUCUAGAAAUCUAUCCGUAUCGACUUAAGCAACUUGUACAUGUAAGUAAUAAAAAAAACAUUGCAUUGAAAUAGAUUUUUGACCAAACAGCAAAGCAAGCCCUCAUCCACGCUAUGAGGUGUGCUUUGCAAAUAUUUAACAAACCAUUUUCCCAUGGUAUACCAACCGUAUAUAUUCUCUGCUUGGCUUGCCAGCCAAUCAGACAUUUAAAAUGCAUGAUCUAGUGUUAGUGACUAAUUUUUAUAUAGACAAUGUAGGAAAAAUGUAUAGUGCAUUAAGACACAAGAAAUAUAAUCCCUAUUCCGGGCACUUGCCUUUUGAAACGUACUUGUUGGGCCCAAGAAAAUGGGUCCCUACUACUGUCCUAUACAAUCAGUAAACAGAAAGUCUUGGGAAGACACUUUUGCUCCUCACUUUUUCCCUAAUGGAAUAAGUUUCUUGAUUUGCACGAAUAAUAUGAAAAAAUUCCGCAUCAAUGUGCCUUGCCCUGGAUAGCAAUUAUACGUGGAAUCAUUGCACAUGUUCCUAUAAUGUAACAAUCCUCUUGGGUCUUUUCCUGGUGUAGCAAUCAGAGACACUUUUUAAAUGCGACAUUGAUGUCAGCCAUUGUAAAGUUUCAACAUGUAGAAAACAAAUCAGUUUUGCCGCAUAUAGGAUUAGAUUUCAUUGUCCUGUACGGUCAGUGCUUUUGAAAUCUGUAGAUGCUAGUGUAUCAAUAUUUUUUGGAUGUUGCUACGUUUUAAUAUUAUUUGGUGUCUUCCUUUGUUUUCCCAGAUAUAUGAAAAAAUAUGCAAUACCUGAUUUAUCAUGUAGAAAUGCUUAGCAAGUUUUACUUUAAUUUUUUUUUAUUUGACCAAAGUUGGUGCUGCUGUUAACGCAGUCUGUUAGGUGUUUGUCUUGUAAAUUAUAAACGCUGAAUGCACAGACAGAAAGGGCUCUCCUUAGAGUUGCAGUAGAACUGUGAAGCACUAAGCUGAACCCUGCUCCAACAAAUUUCAGAACAGUUUGUUCACAUUUGAGCCUUAAACUUUCAUUCAAAUCCCAGACCCAUUUUUUUUCUCAGCAUAGCAGACUGCAAGGAAUUUGCAUUCAAGAAAAAUCAAAAAAUGCCCAUUUUAUAUGCACAUUUGAAACUUCCAAGUUUUCAAAUUGUUUACUGAUUAUGUAUAUUAAAAUGAUUGAAACAAGUUUCUGGAUUUUGAUAGGUGUCUACUAAGUGGUGAGUAAGUGUUCCACAAUACUGUAUUGUGUGAUUGUAAUUGUUCGAUGUAAUUUCUUGUAAUCCACAUCCUUAGCCUUCCUUUAGCACGUAGCUGGGCAUUACAUUGACAUAUGUGCACUAUAAAGAGCAGCUUGCAGUGCUUCACAGUGAAGGAAAUAGCACGGACAAACUUUUUUUGUAAGAACCUUGUCAAAAGCCAAGGUUUAAGAGUAGAAUUGGUUGUACAUACAAAAUAAUAAGUAAAAGAAAUUGCACCCUGUUUUUAAAACAGUUUUAAAAAAAAGCAAUAGUUCGGGCAGUUUUUUUUUAAUUUCUUUUUUCGUUGGUGAGUGCGAUUAGUCGUGGCUGCAAAGCAAGGAAAGAAAAAAAGUUGAGCUGCCCAUUCAGCAGAUUUGUAAUUUGUAUGUUGUAUAGUUGUAUUAAUUACACUGAUUUAAUCUGCCCUAUUUUGUAAUGCAGGAACUUUUGUAACAUUGUUAAAAUGAGAAAAAAAAAUCUGUCAACUUAGCUUAGUGGAUUUUCUGAUUGUUUGUUAUAAGGCAGCAUUCGUAGUAUUGCUAUUCCUCUGGGAACUGGAUUUGAGUUAAAAACUUUCCUGUUUCCUUUUUGUAUGUAUUUAAGUACUUUAUUUUUCUUCUUCGAUUGGUAUGGCAUAUUCCUAUACUUAUAAAGUAUAGGCUACUGAAGAACCAUUGUAAAUGGAUAUUACAUGCUGUAUUUUUGAAGGUAUUUGUUGUUUCAAGUCUGAAAGAUACUAGGGGAACCUGAACAAAUUUAAAGUUUAAAAAGGAAAAGUUUUUUAAAAAGGUUUGAAAAAAUGAUAGUGUGUAGGCAAAAGCGUAAAGGAUGGAACAGACUGGGGUUGUAAGUAUUAUUAAGCUAACUCUCUUUCACAGUAUCAAGCAAAGAACACAACAAAAUGAGAUAUCAGUUUCAUUCUGGAGGUAUAGACAGCAUGUCAUUUUGUGAAUCCAACAGAAGUGUGAUUUUUCUUUCUUUCCCCCUCCCCCUUCCCCUCACCACCAACCUCCUCAAGCUGGUUAAAUGUUACCUUAACCCACUGAGUAUUGAAUUAUCGUUGCAUCAUUUCUAGAAUGUAACCUUAGAAUGUUGCCAAGGUAGAAAAAGAACAAUGUUCAUGUCUGCAACAUCAGGUUAGAAAUGUAUGUUUUUGCCUUUUUUAGUUGUGCGAAACAAUGAUCAUAGUUUUUUUUUUGUCUGACAAUAAGUCUGCAGUUCUGAUUGACCGACUUCAGAGUCAAGGUUGAGCUUAGUCAAAUAACAGUAGUGCCAGACUAGAAACUGCCUGAAGCGCUAGAUCAGCUUUUCUUUACCAGAAAGGGAGGGAGAGGGAUAAAGACCACACAAGAAUAAGAUUUCCUCUCAGAAGCAUAGUUUGCAGAAUUCAGUCAGCCCGCAGGAAUAUGCAAGUUCCAUGACAGGUUAUCUCACCUUUUCCUUCAUGCAUUUUGCAGCUUUGUAGUGGCAGUGUUGUUAAAAUAUAUACUGGACAAAAAAAAACAGAUACACAGCUUGAGACAGUUUUUUUUCCUUGUGGUGAUUUUUGGAAUGUCAAACAAUAUUACACUUUGAAUUGUGUCUCUGGAAAUAUCUUUGAUAGAAGGCCUCCAUGGAACAAAGUACCAUAAGAACAUGACUUUGAGUUUGGCUUGAUAAUAUAAGGAGAGCUUUAAUGGCACCUGGCAGGAUUCAGAUGCACUAAAAUUUAAAAAGUCUUGUCUUGAGAGUAAUGCAUGCAUCAGCGUUUGACAGUAAAAUUCAGCUUUGCAACUGCAAACCUAGGCUGUAUAACAGUUCAGCUCGUAACUUAGGAAGUCUUUUGAAUAAAAAAAAGUUUAAAAUCUUUCCAGCCAGUACCGAAAAUUGCUUUGAUGUGUAGCAGGUAACAUUGAAGCUGUCCAUAGCACUUAAUUGUAAUGAGUACUGUGUCAUCAACUUUAUAAUUAAAUUUACUGUUAAAUGCAAAUCCAUUACAUGGUGCUAUUACAGGCUGGCAAUGAAAUGUGACAACUUGGGCUCACUUCACUUGCUUUAUGACAGUGUAAAUGUGUAGCAGUGUUUUCUGCAUGGGAACUAUGCACAAAAUCUAUCGUUAACCUUGGUAUCUAUUGAGUUUACGUCAAUCCUUGCCUUUUGUCAUUAUUAUAAAUGCCAGCUUUAGAUAAAAGAAAGAAAUAAGAAUACCAGCAUAUUACCUGAAACAUUACAAAAAGUGGUGCCUGUGAAAUCUGUAUUAUAUGAAUCUUCUGAACUACAAUUUUCUACAACGGUCGCCUUCGCUGUCUGUCAGAACCUUCUCCUGAUGAUUAAGCAAAUGUAAAGUAACCAUACAAUAUUACUGCAUGCUAUUCCAUAAUGCUUAUUGAGCUGUAUAAAUAUUACUCAAGUUUAUGUUAGUCAUUUUUUUUCCUGACUUGGUUCUUGUCAGAUAGUUUUAAAGAUAUUUCACUGAGAACACAUCUGUCUAUUUUUGGGGGUGUUUUCAGUAUUUUUCGAGGUAAUACAUUUACUUUUUAAAAACAUUUUCAGUAUUACUUUUUUGUUUGUUUAUUUUGCUUCACCCUAGGGGGUGGGCACAGUUCAAAAUUUAGAAACUGUGUACCCGACAACACUUACCUGAAAGUUACCUAUAAGUGGCAUCGCACGCGAUUCAGUUUGAUUUUUUUUUAAUGACGUCUGUGCAUUUACCGUCCCAUUACUGUGCAGCAGUGCUGUUUUGUCUGGGUUAGAAGCUCCUUUCCCAACAGAAGGACUUAAAAGAAAUUUAGAUCUUUGGGAGCAGGUAGCACUUUAACAGGCGGGUGAAUGGGUACCCGUGCCCACCCCUACCUUCACACCAGAGCACGUAUUUUUAAAACGAGAAAAAAGUGGCUGUUUAGUUUCAUGCACGGUUGAACAUUUACUUUAGAUAAAUUCAGUAAAAAUGUUGUGCCUCUAGUACUGGCAAUGAUUCUGUUCUCGUGGUCAUUUUUAAAAAAAAACGUGUAUGUGAAAGUAUGUUAUUGGUUGAGAAACACUGUGGGCAUCAAUUCUUACUCAACUAAAUCUCUGCAAGUUUUGAGCUGGUGUGGAUUAGUUUAACUCUUGUAUUCAACCAUUAGUGCUACCACCUUCUCACAUUACAAUACGAUUACUGGAAGCAAGUGCUGCAUUUCCUAUGCAACAUAAAAAGGAAAAUAAAAUGCUAAUGCUACUGUA